AUUCGUCUUAGGGGGGAACAUCUGACCACACCGGGAUGCAGUUAAGCUGGCAUGAAACGCUACGAGGGCAAUCAGCCAUCAGCCAACCUUAUAAGCAUGCUUUGAUCUCUCCAGUCUAGCAUGCAUAUUUCGCCCAUCGCUGUCGCAUACAACACAUAAACACCAUGUGCACAGAAUGCACAACCCGACACAGAGCACGCAACAACAAAACAAGAUAUUGCAAAUGUAUAUAUGUACAUACAUUGGAGAUCAACAUUUUCCGUUCUAUCCCGCUCAGAUGAUAUGCAACAUCCACCCAGAAAGGAGUUCAUUUUAACCAGCGUUCGGUGAUAGGAGAUAUCUCCACUAAACCCGUAGUGGUCUAUAAACCCAUGUCUUCUAAGAAGCAUGACUGUGGAGAUAGGCGGCACAUCAAUGAUGCUUUAUAUAUCAGCUUCUUGGACGCUGUUCUUCACAUUCUCAGCAUUAAGACAGCUCCCCGCCAUCAGCUCUUCGGUUCCUACAACUGCCAUCAUGCCGGCACCAUACGACGAAAACACCACUGCCGAUGAGUUGAUCAAGGACUAUGAAAACAUAAUUGAAGGGAAAGCGAUCCUGACGACUGGCGUCUCUCCAAACACCCUAGGUGGUUUCUUCGUCCAGUCCAUUGCCAAGGCCAAACCAAGCGUCCUCAUAUUAGCCACCCGCAAUCCUGCUAAACUCCAAGAAACGGCCGACAUGAUCUCAAGCACGUAUCCGAAUGUCAGAGUACGCACCCUCAAAGUAGAUCUCGGAUCACUGAAGAGCGUACGGGGUGCAGCUAAGGAAGUCAACUCUUGGGAUGAUAUUCCAUCCAUCGACGUGCUGGUCAACAACGCAGGCAUCAUGGCAGUGGAUUAUCAACUCUCCCCUGAAGGAUUCGAAUCGCACCUAGCAACGAACCAUCUAGGUCCGUUUCUACUCACGAACUUGAUAAUGAAAAAGGUUUUGGCGUCGAAGAGUCCGCGAGUUGUUGUCGUAAGCAGUGAUGGUCAUCGGCUGAACCCAUUCCGUUUCGACGAUUACAACUUCGAAGAAGGAAAAGGCUAUAACAAAUGGUUCGCCUAUGGCCAGAGUAAAACAGCUAAUCUGCUGUUUGCUCGUUCUUUGGCACAGAAGCUUGGUCUGAAAAGUGGCCUCCAAGCGUUCAGCUUGCAUCCGGGCGUUAUAUGGUCCACCCACCUGGGCGAUAAUGUCGAUUGGAACAGGGAACUGGAUGAGCUAAGAAAUGCUGAUAGAACGUUUGGCAACCGAGAAUCCUGGAAACAGUACGACGGCAAGCCCAUCGAACGAGGUGUUGCAACCCACAUCUAUGCGGCAUUUGAUCCAUCUCUUAAAGCGAACAACGGUGCCUAUCUUGUCGACUCCCAUGUAGCAGACCCGCUAGUCGACACAGUGAAGCCGUGGGCGACCAGCAGUUUUGAGGCGGAGAGACUAUGGAGAUUGAGCGAGAAGCUAGUGGGCGAAGAGUUUCCGUACUAGACUUGGUCCAUUACUUGAAGACAUCAACGAUCUCCAGGGAAGCUUGUUCAUACUCGCUUGCGACGAAGAUGAACUUACUCGUUCAAGGGUUCUGUGCAACAUGGGCAUUAUGCUCACAGAAUCAAUGUUCGUACCUGAUGAAAUAACAUGCAAGUCACAAAGAAUGUGAUCCAUUUAAUUGAUUAUGCUUUGUUGGAGAACCUCAAGCGAUAUUUAAUUAUUCUCCCCGCG